AUGUCGGAUGAAAUCAUGAUGUCGUUCCCACCAGAAAUAAAUGUUCAAGAAUUUUUGGCAAAUACAAUUGAGUACAAACAACCGCUCAAUUCUUAUAUGAUUUAUAGAAAAGUCUAUGCCAGAACAUUGAAAGCGAAAGGAAUAAAAUUAUCUUUAUCUCAUGUCUCAAAACUUUCAAGCAAGUCGUGGGAAAAUGAGUCUCUGGAAGUUAAACAAUGGUACAAAAAGUUUUCAGAAAAAGUAAGUGAACGAUACAGAAGAACACAUUGGAGAUAUAGAAAUGUCAAUCCAGGACCUAGGAGAAGUGAUGAAGACCGCAGGACAUUGACUUUUGUUUUCGAAAAUCCUGGAGAGAACAUGAACGCUACUCCUAAUAAUAUCAUGAAUUCAAACGAUUUGAGUAUGUGUCCUUUAGUAGUAUCACAUGAUAUAUUUAAUGAUAGUUCGUCAGUAAUGACUAAAUUUCCCUAUACUAUUCAAGAUAAUUCCAACAAAUUGUUGGAUUUUAAGACUUAA